GGAGGUCGUCUGGUUCAUCAAGUGUUACUCUCGUCACUUGGUUUGCACGGACGAUAGGGGUACCUUUUUGAGAUACAGACGACUUGGGAGGGAUUGGAGAAAAGAAGAGGAAAGUAAAUCAAAGACAGUGAGGUAGUCAACGAUCAGUUACUCUCAAUAUGUCGGCCUUGUUCAACUUUCAGUCACUUCUGCUCGUGUUUUUGCUUAUCAUCUGCACGAGCACAUAUGCACACUCGAUGAUGCCGGGGAUCAUGGACCGCAACCAGAGCGGCUUCUUUGGGAUCUUCUGGAAGUGUGCUCGGAUCGGUGAACGGUUGAGUCCGUAUGUCAGUAUAUGCUGCGUGGUGAUGGCUGUCUCGAUUUUCUUCGGCGGCUGAUUGACUCGCCUCAUCUCCAUGCGGUCUCAGAUUAGAUGGUCAUUCUACCAGGUGGUGGCGUUAUCGAAGCUUCUCUUUUUUGCAUCUUCUUUUCUUGCAGGGGUCUCUCAUGAUUAUUGAUCUGUAUAUCGUACAUAAAUGCUACACUAUCAGGAUGUCUAUGUUCAAGA